AUGCACCUGCUCAGCAUCGCCGGUCUCCUCCUCUGUGCGCUUCCCUCCCCGGGGAGCGCCCAGCCUUUUGCUGCUCACCAGGCCCCCGAAGAGACUAACGUGACUUCCGCCGUCCCCCGGAGCUACAUUAUCGAGUACGCUGCGGGCUCGGCCAAGGCCCGCCGCGAUGUCGCGCUGGCUGCCGAUAUCAAGGUCGUUAGAGACUUUGAGACGGACGUAUUCUCGGGCGCGAGCAUCGAGACCGACAACCACAGCAUCGACAGCCUGCUGAGCCUCGCCGGUGUCGUUCGCGCCUGGCCCAACAAGCGCGUGGCCCUCUCGCCCGUCGAGGGUCUCUCGUCUAUCGGGGACGCCGCGGCCGCUGGCAAUUAUACGACGCAUAAUGCCACGGGCGUCAGCAAGCUUCACGACAGGGGCAUCUUUGGUCAGGGGGUCAAGGUGGGAGUCGUGGACUCUGGCACGUGGUAUAAGCAUCCCGCGCUGGGCGGAGGCUUUGGGCCUGGCUUUAAGGUUGCCGGUGGCUAUGACCUGGUUGGCAACGGGCUGUGGCCGACCGUGGUCGGGGACAAAGUACCUGAUGACGACCCAGAGGAUCAACUUGGACACGGCAAGAAUCCCCAAAAUGCCAAAGACAAGUACAAGAAGGCUGACAGUGUUGAAGGCACUCACGUUGCUGGAAUAAUCGCUGGCAAAAAUGACUUCUGGACCGGAGUGGCGCCUGAGGCGGAACUUUAUUCAUACAAGGUCUUUUCUCAAGUCGACGGAACGGAUGAGGCCACACUCAUUGAGGCUUUCCUCAGAGCAUAUACUGAUGGUGUCGACAUCAUCACUGCUAGCAUCGGUAGCCCAGGAGGCUGGUCUACGGGCGCCUGGGCUGAGGUCUCUUCUCGCCUCGUCGACGAGGGAGUUGUCGUCACUAUUGCAAACGGCAACUCGGGUGCUGCUGGGGCCUUCUUUGGGAGCACCGGGUCCGCUGGCACGAACGUGCUUGCCGUCGCUUCAGUCGAGACCGAGACUUAUCCGGCGUCGCCCUUUGAGCUCACCUCGACUCUUGAUGGCCAAACUGAGUUUAUCAAGGCUGGAUAUCUACCAUCGACUUUCUACUUCUCAUCCAACGUCACGGACUGGCCGGUGGUACCCCUGAACUUCAACACCACCGACCCUGCCGAUGGCUGCCAGCCCUACCCCAACGGCACGCGAAGACUGGAAGGCGUGAUCCCCUUGGUCAGGAGAGGCACCUGCACGUUCGCUAUCAAGCAGCAGAACCUGGUUGCCCUCGGUGCCGAGUACAUUCUAUUUUACAACAACGAGAGUCCUCUGAUCACGCCCGGUACUGAUGACGAUGUUGGCCUCAUUGGACUCAUCACCGCAGACGCCGGUGAGGCUAUCAUUGAGACUGUAAAAGCUGGGGGCAACGUCACUGCGGACUUCUCCCUCAACCCGGAGCAAGUUGUUGGCUUGGAAUACCCUGCUGGUGGUCGCCCCAACACGUUCACCUCCUGGGGUGCCUCGAAUGACCUGCAGAUCAAGCCCGAUAUUGCUGCCCCUGGCGGUCAGAUCUUCAGCACUUACCUUGACAACACGUAUGCCCUGCUCUCUGGUACAUCUAUGGCAACCCCUUAUGUUGCCGGUGUCGCAGCUCUUUACAUCAGUGUUCACGGCGGCCGAUCUGUGCAUGGCAAGGGCUUCGCUAGGACGUUGCACCAGCGCAUCAUCGCGAGCGGGACCUCGCUCCCUUGGUCGGAUGGGACUGCCACCGACUACGGGUUUGCUGCUUCAGUCGCCCAAGUCGGCAAUGGGUUGGUCAAUGCCUUCAAGGUCGUAAAUUAUACCACGGAUGUCUCCUUUGAGAAGAUCGCUCUCAACGACACCAAAUUCUUCAGCGGAGACCACGACCUCACCAUCACUAACACCGGAGGCAAGGACGUGAGCUACAAGUUCUCCUUUGAGGAUGCCGCUGGGGUGGAAACCCUAGGCUGGUACUCGUUUGUUGAGCCUUACGCGGGUGAGAAGAGACUCAAGAGUUUCUCGGAGUUGAAGCCUACGAGCCUGCCGAUCGAGGUGGCUGUGCCGGACGAGUUCACGCUGGGUCCAGGCGAAAGCAAGACUGUAACUGUGAACUUCCCCAACCCGGAUGGCCUGGGCUGGAACUCCUCUGCCCUUCCCGUCUACAGCGGCAAGGUCAUCGUCUCUGGCAACAAUGGGGAGCAAGUCUCGGUUCCUUACCUGGGGCUUGCGGCGGACUUGAACGCUGAGAUCAGCCCCAUCUACCGGCCUACAUACCCCUUCACCAAUCAAAGAGACUAUGUCUACUCUUUCAACCUGAGCAAAUCGAGCCAAGACUUCCCAACAAUUUAUUCCAAGCUUAUCUGGGGAAGCAAGGAGGUCCGGUGGGACAUCUACGAGCCAGGUUGGACAGAGGAGCAAUGGGAAUAUCCACCGGUGCCAGGCGAGAACGGCUACAUCGGCCCGGCGACGAGCCACGUCAUCGCCGAAAGCGCAAGCUACUUCGAUCCGGACCUGUAUGACCCGGACGACACCUUCACCUAUCCAGCGGUGGACUUGUUCCGCAACGCCCAGACGCAGAACUCGUAUCAUCAGUUCUGGUGGUUCGGCAAGCUGGGCAACGGGAGCCAGAUCGAGCUCGGGAACUACACGAUGCGCUUUGCUACCCUUCGGCCUUUUGGGGACCCAAGUGUCACCGACGGUUGGGACAUCUUCAAGACUCCCGAGAUACAGGUCACUGGGAAGUAUCCAAGGCGAGCGUGA